CUACGCACCACCCCAAUACGCCCUGGAGGUGAUCAUGUCGCCUCGUCUAUCCUGUGGCUACUCGACUACUCAACGCCUCUUGCCUCCGUCGUCAUUGGCCUGGGUGUAAUGCGUCCGCCUGCGAUAUCCACCCUGUUUUCAAAGCCGAUUUAUAUCUGCGGUUAUGAUUGCCGUUGUCGCUGCGGCGGGGAUCUUGUAAAUUGAAAAAUUCGAAGGCGCAGGUUGCUUUUCGAAGUUGCUUUUCGAACUACUGUACAGUACUGUGCUAGGGCUAGGGCGAGGUAUAUUCUUUUUUGCACACACACACACGCAUACGCAUAUACGUCUACGAUUACGGGGGAUCUUAAAUAUCCCGCCAUGACCGAUCAACGCCAAAUCGUUCCAGGUCCAUCGCCAACCUCUAAUAAUAAUGGUCCACAUCAUGAAGAGGCGAAGCCUUCGUCUUCGGCAACGUCCACUUCGACUUCAAGUUCUUCGUGGAAGAGGAAGGUUUCUACUGCUUGUCUUGCCUGCAAGAAGUCCAAGCGAAAGUGCUCCGGCACUGCACCCUGCGAUAAUUGUCGCACCUUCCAUCGAGUCUGCAUAUUCGACGAAUCACUCGACCAACGUCGCCGCGUCGCCGCAAAACGCACCGCGGACGAACUCUCCUAUCAUCGUGACCUCUUAAACGAUAUCUUCAAACUCGUCCGUGAAGCGGACGAACAUAAAGCCCUCGACCUCCUCGAAAUAAUCCGCCACAACGCUUCGCCCGACGAAGUCCGCGCCUUCAUUAACAAUACCCUCUCCACGCUCGACACUACCGCCAGCCUUUCCUCGGCCCAAGCUGCCGCUAAAUUGGAGGAUAUGAAGAAUUUGAUUAAUGUGGAAGGGACGACGCCGGCGUUCAGGCGGAAGGUUAUGGACAUUCAUUAUCUUUGUGACGAGGCGCCGAUUAAUGUGCCAGCGCAGCCGUGGACGGAAGUUACCAGGGACAGUGAUCUUGUUUCGCAUUUGGUGUCGCUUUAUUUCACGUGGGACUAUCCGUUCAAUUCGUUUUUGGACGAGGGUGUGUUUUUGAAACAUAUGACCACUGCGGACUUGGGGAGUCAGUUUUGUAGUCCGUUUCUGGUGAAUGCCUUGUUGAGUAAUGCUUGUUAUUUUUCUGAAUUCUCCGAGGCUUACGUUGUUCCUGGAGAUAUCUCGUCCAAGGGAUGUGAUUUCCUCGCUGAGGCGGAGAGGUUGCAAGGUGAGUUGCCUAUGCAGCCGAGUCUGGCCUCGUUGCAGGGGACGUUGCUUAUGUAUGAAAGAUACUCGAUGUCCCGCACAGAUGAUCUGGGCUACUUGAUGCUCCAUGAAGCUAUUCGCAUAGGCGAAUCGCUUGGCCUUGUGGGAAAUACGGGCCCGAGAAUGACCUCGGAGCAAUUCUCAGAGGAUAUGGAUUCUUCGUGCAGACGUACAGCCUGGGGGCUGUUUAAUGUGGAUACAAUGGUUCAUACGAGCUUCCUCCGAUGCAGUCUCAUCAACCACGUCAAUAUGCCGCGCAUCGACCGUGAUCAUCUCGAAGAUCAGUCUUUGUGGAUGCCGUACCCCUCGCAUCGAGAUACGAGACCUUCAUAUUUGAGUUUAUACUUUGACGAGGCGUGUAAUUUGUCGACGAUCUCCCGAGAUAUCUCACGGAGUGUGUUUGCCAGCGAGAAAACUUUAUUGGAGCCGCUGCAACGACAGAGUCGCGAUGCGUUGUAUGAGCGAUUGAAACGAUGGGACGAGCUUCUACCGGAGAUUUUCGAUUGGGAAAAGGUGGCGCCGCACGUUAUUCUUCUGAAAAUGCGGUAUAAUGCCUUGAUCAUCAACCUGUUCAGUUGUAUCUCCGGGAAUGGACAUCCGCGAACUACGACAGAAGGCCCUAAAACACCAGAAAGUCCUCCCAGACAAACACCCGAGCCGGCCUCAAAGUACAACGCUUGGGAACUCGCCCAAACGGCAGCCCGGAACAUUGCCGCACUCGCUCGCCUCCAUCGUCGCGAGUUUGGCGUUGGUCGCGCGCAUCAUUUCGCCAUGUAUGCUAUCAACCUCGCCCUCUUCACGAUGCUGGAACAAGAUUCCUUCGAUGUACUCGACCCGGAUUUCUUGUCACUUGCCAGUGCGUUCUCCAUCGUGGCGAGCCGCUCGGCACUCGGUAGGAAUCUGUUUCAUAUCUUCCGUCAGUCUGUACGGGCCAAGGCGCAGGGCAGUCGUAUUCGCGAUGCGAUUUCAAUCCCGGAGGAGUUGAAGGAUUUAUUUGAUGAAAACUCCUCGGCUAAGGGGUAUAGUCGGUUUGACGAGUAUGCGGAUGGUUUAGAGAAGCUCAAUGAGGACAAAAGGUAUCAUGGAAUUACGGGUGGUGAGGGACAGAGCUUGCAGGAGUAUCCUGGGUUGGGAUUGUCGGACAUGUUGGAUCGGUACGAGAGUUUGAGUUUGGGCAAGGAUGACGUUUUUUGGCGAGAGGAAGAUGGGUGUAGGGAAGAUUCUAAUGAGUGAGCACAACAGCACUAUCA